CAAUGUUAUAUUACAUUUGCUCGGGAGAACCUGACAGUGAAGAUGCAUUUCUUUCUCUUUCCAACAAUGUUUAUAGUUAUAAUGGCUACCAUAGGGCAGUCAUGUUGGAUGGUAGCUGCAAAUGAACCAGUAUGUUCAAGAUUUGACUAUGAGGAAAAAUUAUUAGAAAAAAAUGGUUAGAUCGGAGAUAAAAGUUGAACAAAUGGUAGAAGAGAUGAAGAAAACAAAAGAAAGAGUGGCGACCAUAGCGACAGACAUUCAGCAAAGAGUUGAAAACGUGGAAAGUAAUUCCAUUCGAUUGCAAGGACUUAUUAAUGAGACUUUGACAAGGUUCGGCGAGGAUAUAUCGGAAGAGAAGAACAAACUAACAGCACUUUUUAACAAGGCUUUGACAAGGUUCACUGAGGAUAUAGCAGAGGAAAAGAACAAACUGACAUCACUAGCAGAGAAAAUGACACCAGUUCCUGUCGUGGCAUUCAACGCUCGUAGCUCAUUUACUGUCUCGGUGAGCAGUGGUGGAACUGUCGUUUUUGAUACCGUCUUAAUGAACGAAGGAGAAGGUUACGACAGGGCUACAGGUAUAUUCACCGCACCACAUAACGGACUUUAUUACUUCGCGGCUCAUGUAUGUAAUGAAGGUAACAAUGCAGUACGAUACGCAAUAGUAGUCGAUAAUAAUCAGAUAACAUCUAGCACACAGUACGAUAUUAAUAGUGUGUACAGCUGUAGCUCUGUAAACGCCGUCGUGAUGAUGAAGUCUGCAGACCGUGCGUGGAUCAAAUGUACGUCUGGUUCUAAAUUUUACCACGACAUUUACAGAUGGAAUUCAUUCAUUGGAUCACUUUUAAACAGAUAAAUCGAAGAUCUUUGGUCAAAGAAGUGUGGUUAUGGUGCUUUCUUUGUAUCAGAUUGAUUGAACUCCCGCUGAAAUGGCAUUGGCCUACCAUAGUGUAUUUUGAAAAGAAUCAAUCUUUUAAAGUAUAGAAGCAUGUACAGGUUGUGUUUAUACUAGAUGCUGAGCUUCUACAGACUUUUGAAGGAUAGUUACAAAUGCAAUUUAUUCAUGGAUGCUUUACUGAACAGACAAACGCUAAAGCCAAAGAACUAUCCUUUGAGUCAUGGGAAUUUAUAUACGGGUUGUUAAAAAUGAUGUAGCAUUCCUCAUCCUUGUAGUUGAAGCAAAAUAACGCCCUUAUGUUUAUCAAACGCUUUGACCAAAUGUUACAUUUCAGUAAAUGAAUAUUGUUAUUGUGCUAGGAUUUAUAAAAAGUGCAAAUGGCGAUUCGUUGUCACGUGAUAGAUCUAGUACAUUAAUUGCCAUUAAGAGGUACGAAUAUACUGUUACAUGAGCGAAAAUAUGAACACCAAUAUUGGAUGAAAGUCCUUGCUUUUUUAGGGGAUAAAACCUUUUGGUGAAAAUGUUAUGCAGCCCUGUUAAAAAGAUAUUUCUGAUAUAUAUAUAUAUAUAUAUCUCUCUCUCUCUCUCUCUCUCUCUCUCUCUCUCUCUCUCUCUCUCUCUCUCCAGGAAGUCUAUCAACCGUAGUUUAAAUGUUGAAAAGUUAGUCUUUAUUUGUCAUAGCGUAUUUAUUUAUGUAUAGACAAAGAAGAUUUUUAAGAGUUUUGUUAAUGGUAGGAUCACUUAUAUUAAGAAUGAAACUUUUUUAUUUCAUCUUUCGUAAUAAUUGAUGCAUGAUGGAAUUUGUGUAUUUUAGAUAUUCCGCUUUUGCAAUAUAAUGAAGCUGUUUCAGUUUUUAAAAGGCAUACGUGAAACCUGUUUAAACAUGUUUUACAAUAUUUGCUUUAGUUUUUGUAAUUAUGACAGUGUGCAGCAUGAGUAAAAACUUUAUGCACUAACUAGUUUGAAUUUAAUGUCACACUGAAAAAGUUGUAGAAAUUAAAAGGUAAGGGUAAAUUUCCCGGAAGUACAGAGCGCUCUGAAUACAGCCAUAGAGCCAUCGGUCAUGUGGUGACGUUCCAGCUUUUGAUAGUGGAGCAAAACCCGGGUGCCCCUCCCUGCAUUAUUUCAUCACUUGACCUUUUGUGAUAGUAUCACUACACUGAACUAGAAACUAUUAAAUACUUACCAAUUCUGCAUUUAAAACUGCUAUAAUAUUCAAUCUAUUUAAAGUUAAUUCUCUGAAAGACCAAAAAAGGAGGGGACGUAAACUAAUAGUCACAGAAUUACUUCAUAUUUACACCCUUUUUAGCAUUCAAGCCAUAUAUGAAGAUAUUAGGGCGAAAAGAAAUGAAUCAGAUCUGGUUACCACGGUAAUUGGAAUAUUCUCCUUUUUGCGAAAAAUUGCCAUUUCUGAGGGUAAAAUUUUACUAAAAUAUGACAAUUUUCUUCACAUGGUCUUAACGUCUGAAAUAGAGCAUUGAUUUUCGCAUUGCCUGAGAUAUAUACCUUUUGUAAAUAUUUUAAACAAAUUUUUGUAGCUUUAGAAGCAACAAUUUUAUAAAUGGCCCCUUCGAAAUUUUACAUAAUCAAUUAAAUUUGAUCUGUAUGUAUACUUUUGAUAUAAUAUCUUACAGAAAAAUGUGCACGCAUCUGAAUAUAAUACUUGUAUGGAUUCAGCAGGGCAAUGAUAUUCAUUUUUAUUUCAUGGGGAAGAUAAUUUAUACAGACGUUUCUGAACAUUUAUUUCAAUCAGCCAACAAUAGAACAUUAAAAUUUCACAACAGAUUGCAGACAUCAUUACUGGUGAUCAUAUUUGUACGUUUCCAUUUUAACGUGUAUUUUACUCAUUUAGAAAAAACUAUUGUAUAUGUUCAUAUGUGUUUAUGUAUAUGUAAAUGAUAAUGCUAUUCUAAAUAUUAGGCUUAGGUCUAAUUCAUAACUGUUACCAUUUAUUUGUGCAGCAGCUUUUUUAAUAUAAUAAAUUACUGUAGCGCA